GGAACACGCGUCACGAAGCCCAGUAUGUAGCCACGGCGGUCGUCUUUUUCAAGGCAGUUUUAAACGUUUCCUGACGCGUUCCGUUCGUUUCCAAGUGUCGCCGUUUUGUUGAAUGUUUGCUGGAGAUGGGAGUCCCGGCAUUCUUUCGUUGGCUCAGCCGAAAAUAUGCGUCAAUUAUUGUUCAUUGUGUUGAGGAGAAGUCCAAGGAAUGCAAUGGAGUACGCAUUCCUGUUGAUACCAGCAAGCCAAAUCCCAAUGAAACAGAAUUUGACAACUUGUACCUGGACAUGAAUGGGAUCAUUCAUCCAUGUACACACCCAGAGGACAAACCUGCACCCAAAAAUGAAGACGAGAUGAUGGUUGCCAUUUUUGAGUACAUCGAUCGCCUGUUCAAUAUCGUUCGGCCAAGGAGGGUCCUCUACAUGGCCAUCGAUGGAGUCGCUCCACGUGCCAAAAUGAACCAGCAGCGCUCCAGGAGGUUCCGUGCCUCUAAGGAAGGAGUGGAGCUGGCAGAGGAGAAAGAGAAGAUGAGAGAGGAGAUCUUUAAGAGAGGAGGUUAUCUGCCACCUGAUGAGAUCAAAGAGAGGUUUGACAGCAACUGUAUCACUCCGGGGACAGAGUUUAUGGACAACCUUGCAUAUUGUCUUCGAUACUACAUUGCAGACAGACUCAGCAGUGACCCAGGAUGGAGGAACAUAACAGUCUUCCUGUCUGAUGCCAGCGUUCCUGGAGAGGGUGAACACAAGAUAAUGGACUUCAUCAGGAGACAGAGAGCUCAGCCAAACCAUGACCCCAACACACACCACUGCCUGUGUGGAGCAGACGCUGACCUGAUCAUGUUGGGUCUGGCCACACAUGAGCCCAACUUCACCAUCAUCCGAGAGGAGUUUAAACCCAACAAACCCAGACCUUGUGCCCUCUGUGGGCAGAUGGGCCAUGAACUGAAAGAGUGCCAGGGGACAGCCAGAGAGAAGAAGGGGGAGCAUGACGAGUUUGCUGAUACAAUGCCAGUUGCCGAACAAGAAUUCAUAUUCAUCAGGCUCAGCGUCCUGCGGGAGUAUCUGGAGAGAGAGCUGACCAUGGCCAGCCUACCCUUCCCCUUUGAUUUUGAGAGGAGUAUCGACGACUGGGUCUUCAUGUGCUUCUUCGUUGGGAAUGACUUCCUGCCUCAUUUACCGUCCUUGGAGAUCCGAGAGGGAGCAAUAGAUCGACUGGUGGGAAUCUACAAAGACGUGGUCCACAAAACUGGAGGUUACCUGACGCACAAUGGUUUUGUCGAGCUGGAUCGGGUUGAAAUGAUCAUGAAUGCGGUGGGCGUCGCAGAGGACAACAUCUUCAAAAAACGGAAAGACGAUGAUGAAAGUUUCAAGAGAAGAAUGAAGGAGAAAAGGAAGAGAAUGAAACUGGAGCGGCAAGGUCCGGCCUACCUGACCACAGGCCAGUUUGCCCCCCAUGCGCUGGGGGGCAGAGACGGGCCUCAGGCAGUCCACAACCCACGACAUCAGGCGUACGACAUGAGGAUGCAGAACAGAGAACAGCACAACAAGGAUGCUGCCCAGUCCCUGAAGGCCAUGAUGAGGAAUGGCGGGAAGCCGGGGCCUAGCGACGGUAUGGAAAGCAGGGGAGUGAAGAGGAAAGAAGAGGACAGCGACAGUGAGCCUGAGCCGGAGGACAACGUCAGGCUGUGGGAGGAAGGCUGGAAGCAGAGAUACUACAAGAACAAGUUUGAUGUGGAUGUGAACGAUGACGAUUUCCGACGCAAGGUGGUGAGGUCGUACGUGGAAGGGCUCUGCUGGGUGCUGCGCUACUAUUACCAAGGCUGCGCCUCCUGGAAGUGGUACUUUCCUUUCCACUACGCCCCGUUCGCCUCCGACUUCAAGGACAUCAAAGACCUGUUCACCGAUUUUGAAAAGGGGACCAAACCGUUUAAUCCCCUGGAGCAGCUUAUGGGGGUGUUUCCUGCUGCCAGUGGCAACUUCCUGCCCACCACAUGGAGGAAUCUAAUGAGCAGUCCGGACUCCACCAUCAUCGACUUUUACCCCGAUGACUUCGCCCUCGAUCUGAACGGGAAGAAAUACGCCUGGCAGGGUGUGGCUCUGUUGCCUUUUGUGGAUGAGCGCAGGCUGCGGGCAGCUUUGGCGGAUGUCUACCCAGACCUCACGCAAGAGGAAGUGAGGAGGAACAGCCUGGGGAGUGAUGUGCUGUUUGUGGGGAAGUCCCACCCAAUCUGUGACUUCAUCCAGGAACUGUACCGUGCAGAAUCUCACGAGGGCACUGAGAUGCCUGCAGAGCUUUGCCAUGGAAUCCAAGGUACAUUAACUCCGGAUGAGGAUCCUAUUCUACCAGAUAAGUUGGUGCAGUCUCCGAUCCCCUCGCUGCGGGACAUCGCCCAGAACAGCGCCAUAGGAAUAAAGUUUCGGGAUCCCAAAUAUGAUGACGAUUUUGUGUUCAAGGCUGCCCUCCUUCCUGGAGCCAAGAUCCCCAGUAAGGUUCUGAAACCAGGGGACUGGGAGAGAGAGAACAGGGGUCCAUGGAGACCUCAACUGGGUUUCAAUCCAAACAGACAGCAGGCCCAUCUGAACCAGUCUGCCUUCAGGGCUCUUGGUCACAACCUGGGCAGACCCCAGCACUCAGGGGGCCAGUACAGCAACACGCCACCACCGAGCAACUAUCAGCGUGGAAACUACCAGAAUCCACACAACCGCAGAAACGCUCCACCUUUCCAACAUUCCAUGCAGCCCGGUGUGCUGGGGCCACCUCCCCCCUUCAACCCACCCCAAUUUCCAAGGCAGCAGUAUGGCGCCGGGGGCCACGGCUGGGACCGCUCCGUGCAGUCUCAGGCGUCGACGUACCAGCAGAACAUGAACCGCGCGCAGGACCGGGGGCUGGGCAGCUUCCAUCAGCGCUACGAGCCCCGCAGGGACGACCGGAGCCAUCGGCACCAGGGCCACAAGUCGAGCAGGAGCUUCCCCCUGCCCCCCCCGCCCAGCAGGCCCCACUGGAAUUAGCACCUGCCCUGGUUUCACCGGACACCUCUGUCUGACUCCUCACACAUUUAUUUGUCCCUUGUUGUUCUACAGUAAAUGACCUUGUUGUGUAGAUUCAUAAGAAUUUUGAAGUACAAGUGAGUUGAACUCUGUGUCCUGGUGGGUUUUAUUUUUAAAGAAUCUUCUUCUACAAGUGGAGAAUAUUUCAGUCCAAGUGUUGUCUUAAAAAAAAAAUUAAAAUUUGAACUCUUGAGGUGGA